AUGACUUCGGCAACUUCACCUAUCAUUUUAAAAUGGGACCCCAAAAGUUUGGAAAUACGGACACUAACAGUGGAGAGGCUUUUGGAGCCACUUGUUACACAGGUGACAACCCUUGUCAACACAAGCAACAAAGGCCCAUCUGGUAAAAAGAAAGGGAGGUCAAAGAAAGCCCAUGUACUGGCUGCCUCUGUAGAACAAGCCACUCAAAACUUCCUGGAUAAGGGUGAACAGAUUGCUAAGGAGAGUCAAGAUCUCAAAGAAGAAUUGGUCGCUGCAGUUGAGGAUGUACGCAAACAAGGCGAGACAAUGCGCAUCGCCUCUUCAGAGUUUGCUGAUGACCCGUGCUCAUCGGUGAAGCGUGGCACCAUGGUGCGGGCGGCGAGGGCUUUGCUCUCAGCUGUAACACGCUUACUCAUCCUGGCGGACAUGGCGGAUGUCAUGAGACUUUUAUCUCAUCUGAAAAUUGUGGAAGAGGCCCUGGAAGCUGUCAAAAAUGCUACAAAUGAGCAAGACCUUGCAAAUCGCUUUAAAGAGUUUGGGAAAGAAAUGGUGAAACUUAACUAUGUAGCAGCAAGAAGACAACAGGAGCUGAAGGACCCCCACUGCCGGGAUGAGAUGGCCGCCGCCCGAGGGGCUCUGAAGAAGAACGCCACAAUGCUGUACACGGCCUCCCAAGCCUUUCUCCGCCACCCGGAUGUUGCUGCCACGAGAGCCAACCGAGAUUAUGUGUUCAAACAAGUCCAGGAGGCCAUCGCUGGCAUCUCCAAUGCUGCCCAGGCUACCUCGCCCACCGAUGAAGCCAAAGGCCAUACGGGCAUCGGGGAGCUGGCUGCAGCUCUGAACGAGUUCGAUAAUAAGAUAAUCCUGGACCCCAUGACGUUCAGCGAGGCCAGAUUCCGGCCGUCGCUCGAGGAGAGACUGGAGAGCAUCAUCAGCGGCGCGGCGCUCAUGGCAGACUCGUCCUGCACGCGCGACGACCGGCGGGAGAGGAUCGUGGCUGAGUGCAACGCCGUCCGGCAGGCGCUCCAGGACCUGCUCAGCGAGUACAUGAACAACCAAAGAUGGGGCACCUGGGUGGCUCAGUCGUUAAGCACUGGAAGAAAAGAAAAAGGAGAUCCUCUAAACAUUGCAAUUGAUAAGAUGACCAAGAAAACAAGAGACCUAAGGAGACAGCUUCGGAAAGCAGUGAUGGAUCACAUAUCUGAUUCUUUCUUGGAAACCAAUGUCCCUUUGCUAGUUCUCAUUGAGGCUGCAAAGAGUGGGAAUGAGAAGGAAGUGAAGGAAUAUGCCCAGGUUUUCCGUGAGCAUGCCAACAAGCUGGUGGAGGUUGCCAACUUAGCCUGUUCCAUUUCCAACAAUGAGGAAGGGGUAAAAUUAGUCCGGAUGGCAGCCACCCAGAUUGACAGCCUGUGUCCCCAGGUCAUCAAUGCUGCUCUCACACUGGCUGCCCGACCACAGAGCAAAGUUGCUCAGGACAACAUGGAUGUCUUCAAAGACCAGUGGGAGAAGCAGGUCCGAGUGCUGACAGAAGCUGUGGAUGACAUCACCUCAGUGGAUGACUUCCUUUCUGUCUCAGAGAAUCACAUCUUGGAGGAUGUGAACAAGUGUGUGAUAGCCCUCCAAGAAGGGGACGUGGACACCCUGGACCGGACCGCAGGGGCCAUCAGGGGCCGGGCAGCUCGAGUGAUACACAUCAUUAAUGCUGAGAUGGAGAAUUAUGAAGCUGGUGUUUAUACUGAGAAGGUUCUGGAAGCUACAAAAUUGCUCUCUGAGACAGUGAUGCCACGCUUUGCCGAGCAAGUAGAGGUUGCUAUUGAAGCCCUGAGUGCCAACGUCCCUCAACCAUUUGAAGAGAAUGAGUUCAUUGAUGCCUCUCGCCUAGUGUAUGAUGGUGUUCGAGACAUCAGAAAAGCUGUGCUGAUGAUCAGGACCCCAGAAGAACUAGAGGAUGAUUCUGACUUUGAACAGGAAGAUUACGAUGUGCGCAGCCGGACAAGUGUUCAGACUGAGGACGACCAGCUCAUUGCGGGACAGAGUGCACGGGCCAUCAUGGCGCAACUACCGCAGGAGGAGAAGGCAAAAAUAGCUGAGCAGGUGGAGAUAUUCCACCAAGAGAAAAGCAAGCUGGAUGCCGAAGUGGCCAAAUGGGAUGACAGCGGCAAUGAUAUAAUUGUGCUGGCCAAGCAGAUGUGUAUGAUCAUGAUGGAAAUGACAGACUUCACAAGAGGCAAAGGCCCAUUGAAAAAUACAUCUGAUGUUAUUAAUGCUGCCAAGAAAAUCGCUGAAGCAGGUUCUCGAAUGGACAAAUUAGCUCGCGCUGUGGCUGAUCAGUGUCCUGAUUCAGCAUGUAAGCAGGAUUUAUUAGCCUACCUUCAACGAAUUGCCUUGUAUUGCCAUCAGCUUAAUAUCUGCAGCAAGGUGAAGGCAGAAGUACAGAAUCUGGGAGGAGAGCUCAUUGUGUCAGGGACAGGAGUUCAGAGCACUUUCACUACCUUUUAUGAGGUAGAUUGUGAUGUCAUAGAUGGGGGCAGGGCUAGUCAACUUUCUACCCACCUCCCAACCUGUGCUGAGGGAGCUCCGAUCGGGAGUGGAAGCAGUGAUUCCUCCAUGCUGGACAGUGCCACAUCACUCAUCCAGGCAGCCAAAAACCUGAUGAAUGCUGUUGUCCUUACGGUGAAAGCAUCCUAUGUGGCCUCAACCAAAUACCAGAAGGUCUAUGGGACAGCAGCUGUCAACUCACCAGUUGUGUCUUGGAAGAUGAAGGCUCCAGAGAAGAAGCCCCUUGUGAAGAGAGAAAAGCCUGAAGAAUUCCAGACACGAGUCAGACGAGGUUCCCAGAAGAAACACAUUUCGCCUGUACAGGCUUUAAGUGAAUUCAAAGCAAUGGAUUCAUUCUAG